AGCACGGAUGGCACGGAUUACGUAGUUGUAAACGAAGAGAGUUGGUAUUCUUUGAGGGAAUAACAAUACUGGAACGAAAAGUGUUGUAGUAAAUUAUAUACUGCGGAUCCGUGACUUAAACUUUAGAGAAACGUUUUCGGCGUGAUUGAUUUGUAUUUGGGAACUAAAUAGCUGUUAUAGCGUAGAAUGUUUGUUGUAAAGCUCGAGAAAUUGUUGCUUACAGCAGAUGAUAUAUUAUAAAGUUAAAAUGAAAUUUAUAGGUUAAACGUGUUUCGAAUGAGAAUAUGCCUAACGAAUUAACAUUGAACUUUAUAUUUAGGCGCAUGUAAACCGUGGUACAAAUGACAUAGGAUCAAGACAGUGAUGCCAGUAGCAGACCCACAAACGGCAUGGAUGUCAUCAAAGAGGAACACGAAUGUGAUGACAAGCUCUACUCUGAGUGUACUAUAAAGAAUGAAGAAUGUGUGGUACCAAAUAUAUUUCCUGUGGUGAGGACCGGAGCCAAGGAAAGUUCAUGUGAUGUCACUACAAUCAAGGAAGAAUUUAAGGAUGAAAUUACAGAGGAGGAGAAAAUGUAUAUAGACAGCAUGACCCACAGUAAUAGUCAAGAACGUAACCAGAAUAUUGAUGCACGUAGUUCAGCGGUUGUGACAGUGCCUCUGCAGUAUGGAGUAUACCACACAGGCUUCUCUGAUUAUGGACAUUUAUUGGAAAAUAUUGACACUCCCAAGCCGUUCAGAUGUGAAGUAUGCAAGAAAAGCUUUAAAGAGCGUCGCAAUCUCUGGCAACAUGCCUUAACUCACAGUGGAGAAAAACCAUUCAGAUGUGAAAUCUGCAACAAAAGCUUCACUCAGAAAACUCAUCUUACGAGACAUUCUUUCAUGCACACAGGUGAGAAACCCGUAAGUUGUCAGAUUUGUAUGAAGAGUUUUGUGGAUAUUGGAGGGCUUCGGAGACAUUCGCUCACUCAUACAGGAGAGAAGCCUUUCAGUUGUGAUGUCUGUAAUAAAAGUUUCUCCCACCGUGGAGAUAUGAUGAAACACACUCGCAUACACACAGGAGAUAAACCCUUCACGUGUGAAGUGUGCUGUAGAAGUUUUACUUUUCGGCAAAGUCUUGUGAAUCAUGCUCUUAUACACACAGGAGAGAAACCUUUUGUGUGUGAAAUGUGUGGGAAGAGGUUCACUCAACGUGGAAACCUUGAAAAACACUCUCGAAUUCAUACUGGGGACCAACCUUUCAUAUGCAAAGUGUGCAACAGGUGUUUUUCUUUUAGUGGAAGCCUUGUAAGGCAUACUCGGAUCCAUACAGAAGAUAAGCCAUACACAUGUGAAACAUGUAUGAGAAGUUUCACUGAUAGGUCAGAUCUGUUGAAACACAUGCGCAUUCACACAGGGAUUAAACCUUUUACAUGCAAUUUAUGUGCAAAAAAGUUCACAUUCCGGGAAGGUCUGGUUCAACACACACGUAUCCAUGUAGGAGAUAUGCCUUUUAUGUGUGAUGUGUGUAACAGAAGUUUCACUCAGCGUGGAAGUCUUGCAAGACAUAUUCGCAUUCAUGGAAAGACAUGCCAGUUGGUUGAAAAUCAUUUGGAAAAUUUUUCACACAAAAAUUUGCUUUAAUAUUACGUAUGUGUGUAGAGAUUGGCACAAAUCUCCUUUAAUGCACUAUUUCUCAACCAGUUGGAUGUCCUGUUGGUGUCAGCUGGUUGGGUUCUGAGGUCUCAGAAAUAACAUUUAAUGCUGAAUUGUAAAUGUUUUUCUGCUAAUGGAUAUGUAUGGCUUUAUAUAAUUACACAAAAUAUGUUGUCAAAGAUUGUUUAGGCUUUGAUUUCUUAACAACUUCCAUUAAUAUGUUAUAUAACACUAAAAUGUACACAGUCAUGAAAGUACAUGUGUUGGAAAAGAUAGGGAAUAUUGGUUUCACUCUUUAGCUUUAAAUUAACACAGAUUAUAAACUGUUCACAUGUAAAGUGUAUCAGUUUCACACAAGGAGCUAACCUUAUUCAACACAAAUGCAUUUACACUGUAGAUAAAUGUUUCAUGUUGAAGGUGUGUGAGAAGGUAUUUGUACAACUUGAAUAUUUCAUGAUGCCACCUUUCCCCCAUCUGUAGAGCAAGCCAUUAAACUGUGAACCUCUGUAGCACACUUUACUACAUGAAACAAGACAGUCAUUCAGACAUGAAACCUAUGAAAAUUUCCCUUAUUAUGUGAAGCUAUGAAAUUAUAAUUGUUUGAACUAGUAAAGUUAAUUGAAUUGCUGUGAAUGUUUUAUCCCUGUAUUUGUUUAUACAGUAGUUUAUAUGUGAGGAUCAGUCAAAUAUACUUUAAAGUUUGUUGUUAAUAUGGCUAUAGAACAGGUUUUUUAAUGCUUAAAUUCUUACAACCCCCAUCACAUAAUGUGGGUCGUGU